AUGAAUAUUAGUAUCUGGUCGAACAGAAAUUUACUAAUAAUAUGGAUAUUUUCUGUUUGUUGCAUCACUGUUUAUGUAAAAUUAAAAUAUAAUCGUAAUCAAGAAAAUUUAUUUGAAGGUCAUUUUUGGGUAUUUACUGACUCACAUGUUGAUGCUCGUUAUCGAGAUGAUGGUGAUCCAGCUACUCGUUGUCAAAAUAUUUCAUUAAAGAAUAUAACGAAAAGAAUACGAAAAUACGGUCAUUUUAAUUGUGAUACACCAUCGGAAUUAUUAACAUCAGCAUUUUCUGCUGCAAAAAAAAUUGAUUCAAAUAUUGAUUUUAUUAUUUGGCUUGGAGAUGCAACAAGUCAUCAAACACCAGGUGCAGACUCUAUUCUAUCAGUUGGUAAACAUUUUACUGAAGAAUUAAGAAAAUUUUUUCCAACAACAUUCGUUAUUCCAGUAUUAGGAAAUCAUGAUAUAGUCUUAACUGCAAAUCGAACAACACGUUUUAAAGAAUAUUACGAGAAAACAAAAUAUCAAUUGUUAUUAAAUGACGAUAAUGCACGUCAAACAUUUGAAAAAGGUGGUUAUUAUACUUUACGUCAUCAUACAUUAAAAGAAAAUAAGCAAAUAAUAUUACGUUUUGUUGUAUUGAAUUCAGUUAUGUUUCAAGCACGAUAUGAAGAUUUUUUUGAUUCAAAUGAACCUAUUCAACAAAUUGAGUGGUUUAAUAAAACAAUGUUUGAUGCACAUAAAUCCAGUGAUCGUGUAUUACUUCUUCUUCAUGCACCUUUUGGUAUCAAUGAAAAUUUAUUAUAUAGAUUCUAUGAUAUGAAAUAUGAACAACUACUUUUAUCGAUUAUUGAUAAAUAUUCAUCAAAUAUAAUCAUGUGUUUAAGUGCUCACCGUCAUUAUGAUACCUUUCGUGUCUAUACAUCAUUGAAUGUAACUAUGGGUAUAUUGGGUCAUCCAUCUAUUAGCCCUAUUGGAUAUCUAACUCUGCCAUCAAUUCGAAAAUAUUCAUAUAAUAGAAAAUCACUUAUAUUAACUGAUUAUGAACAAUAUGGUUUAAAUAUAAUUGAAGCUGAAAAUACACAAAAAGAUGAGUGGACACUUUCAUAUCGUUUUUCAUCAUGGUAUCAUCGAACAAAAGAAUUAACAUCAAAAAAUUUACAUCAUCUUGUUUAUUUAAUACGACAAAAUUCAUUUCAUUUAAAACGUUUUUUAAUAUCAAAACAUUAUAUAGAUAAUAAAUUUCUAACAAAUCAUCAAAUUAUUCAAACAUUAUGUGCAUUAACAUUAUUUAAUUUUGAUGAACUUAUAUCAUGUACAAGACGAUUAGAAAAUAAAAAUAUUACAUAUGAUAAUGUUAUUAUGAAUAAUUCGUUAGGAAUAAAUGCUCAUAUGAAUGAACAAUUGAUAGAAUAUAAAAUUAUAUAUCGACGUGUUGCUAUUAGUCUUUUUAUAUUAUUUAUUAUUUUAUUAUCGAUCAGUUAUCAAAUCUAUUCAAAAUAUUUUAAUAAUAUCAGUAAUGAAAAAAGAUAA